CGGAUGAGAGAUGACAGCUGCGUACAUUGGCUAUACUGUUCAAGUGAAAUCAAUGCAUGGCGGUCCAGCGAGGCAACAUGUCCAUCACUACCUGUCAGAAGGUUACUUUGAUAUCAUGUUCCGUCCUCUGCGUGUCUCUCUUCUUGCCCAGGAUGUUUUUACCCAGAGCCAAACAGGAAAUGGGGCAACCGCACGUUGGCCCUGGGUUCCACCCCCCAGGGAUGCAUCAGGUAUUGUCAGAUGACCCAGAGCAGUGGGCUGUGGACCCUUUACACGCCCUGACAUACAGCAUGGAGGCCAGUGCCAGAAUCAAAGGCACUGGGCGUGGCAAAAAGUACAACCUGAUGGCCCAAGUCAUACCCAUAUAUGGAUUUGGGAUUCUUCUUUACAUCCUCUAUAUAAUUUACAAGUUGACUUGCAAGGGCAAGAGUGCUAAAUCAGGAAAGUACAGUAUGACCACUGUGGGGAGGAAUAUCACACACCAUGAAGAGUUUGCCAGACUGCAGGAAAGAUUACGUCAGACAGAAAGGAUGAUGGAGAGGAUAGUUGCAGGAAACAGUCAUGCGUCCGGGAGACGAAGGAAAAGUAAAGCAACACCAACAAAGAAAGAAGAGAAGCUCCUCAGGCAGCUGAGAGAGAUCACACAGCUCAUGCAAGAAGGUCGGGUGGAGGGCGCCUCCCCAGAGAUGGAGGCUGAGGAAGUCCCUUACGGUGCUGAUUGGGAAGGCUACCCAGAGGAGACAUACCCUGAGUACCAUGUACCCGAUUAUAAAUAUGAAAUGAACAGUGUAGCCACGGAGUUGCGAACCAACCAGCCCACAGCGGAGGCCCUGGCAGAGAGGAUGGAGCAGGAGGAGGAAGAGAUUGUAGCAAGGAAGCUCUCCAUAGUACAUGAGGAAGAUGAGGAGGACGAAGAUGAAGAUCUUGAAGAUGUGGAGGAUGAUACAGAGAAAGAAGAAGAGGAAGAGGAAGAGGAGGAGGAGGAAGCCGAGGCUGAGAAAAGACUUUUGUUGAGUCCGCAUGUAUGCCAGGCUGAUUCAGACCCAAAGCAGGAGCGAUUAGGUCUUGAAGUCAGCAACCAGCUCCAAUGCCUCGAUGCGGGCAAGAAGCACAUUAGCUUUAACGACCACAAAGAUGUUUUUCACUACCCUAAAGAGGACACCUAUGAAGAGGAAGAGGAAGUAGAGAAGGAGGAGGAUGUGGAUGAAGAAGAUGACGGAACAGAGGUGGAAGAAGAGGAGGAGGAGGACGAGGAGGAUCCAGUAACGGAGGCGGAGAGUCUUCAGUUUAGCAGUGCAGGAUGUACCAACCCUGAGGAAGAAGCGGAGGAGGAACUAGCAGAGGGUUUGUUCACGUUGGUGUCUGUGGGGAGUCAAAUGAACGUCCACAUUGAUAGUCUCAAAGAAGUCAGUGGGUUGAGGAUGCGGAACAGGAGAGAGACGUAAAGGACAUAUUUGAAAUAUUUAUUGAGGUAUUGACAAUAAAUACCUCAAUAAAUAUCAACAAAGUAUGUCCAUGUUUAUACAUGGACAUACUAUCACCAAGACUCACUUCUCAUUGACACCCGGAUGUACAGUAUCUCCGAAAAGUGGACCCCCUCACAUUUUAGCAACCAUUUUUAUGACAGUAAAUCCUAUCAAGGAACAAUACUAUAGAAAGGAAACUAUACUAUACUAGUAGUCGGUGUACAGGUUGUAUUUAUAGGUUAUCACAUGGUUUGUCUGGUAUCAGGCCCAGUAUCAUGCCCCCGCGUGCCAGAUACUGAUACUAUUUAAUCAUGAGCUUAUUAUCACGUACUAUUUAAUCAAAAGACCAUUUUGUUUCCAGAAAAUGUUCAGUUUAUUACAUGUAUUAUAUCUCAACAGUGUAAACACAGUAAUUGGAAAAAUAUUUCAACAAUAAUAUUUUAUUAACAGUCUUAUCUUAUCCAUGCCUGACAAUUAAAGUUCCAUUAAUCAAGUUUGGGUUUUUUGGUGACUGGAGAAGCACUAGGAAUAUUUAUAGUGUUCUGUUCUCUGAUUGGUUGUUUCACGGGCACGAUACCAGAGCAGCCCGCUCUGAGUGGACAGCUACGGGGGCUGAUACUGGACAUGGUUAAACUCUAUAUUUUAUCAGUAUCACUGCCCUGGGCUUUGACACGGUAUCAUUUCGACCUUUUCCCGUAUCAUUCAUGGGCGGUUUCUAGGGUACAGGGCCAAUUAAUACUGUAGUAUGUGAUAAAGCAGUGUAGAUGUAUGUCUGUCUAAAUAGCUGUCAACAGUACCAAGAUAAGCGUGUCUCACCUAUACAGUCAAGCAUUAUGAUGGUGGCGUCAUAAUCUGGGGCUGCAUGUGUGCUACCAGUAAUGGGGAGCUGUGGUUCACUCAGAAGCAGAGCAGAAUCUCUUCCCUUGGGAAACUGGGCCACUUAUAUAAUAAGUUGUUCCUAUGGUGUACUCACUUUUUGGAUGUAAAUAUUUAUUUUAUAACUGUAUAUAUUUCUGUGUUUUUUUUUUGUUUGUUUUUUUGACAUUGUGACCAGGUUGGGCUAUGUUCAAUAUGGUGGUUGGAAAGCUUGCAUGUACAUCUUCAAUAAAAUAUUGGCCUCAUCAUGCUUUUUUUUUUGCAUUGUGUAGUCUAAUUUAAUUUAAUUUGCCUCAUAUUAACUCUCUAACAAGAUCUCAGUGUAUAAACUGGUCAUAUAUCUCAUCUCGUUUCAUAUUAUCCACAUACUGUAUUGUAUAUAACUCUGGGAAAAACUGUUGAUUUUGUUAAUACUUGGGUUGUUUAUAUUGUUUAUUUUUCUAUAUUGUGUAUUUUUGUACUGCUUAAUUGAUUCUGUACUCUUGCUGCUGUGCAAUACAAAUUUCCCCACUCAGGGACGAAUAAAACAUAUCUUAAUCUUAAUCUUAAUUUAGUUUUUUAAACAAUUGUCUUUUAUGUAGGGUAGAUGAGUAUCAAGUUAAACUGUGACCAGUGCUAGUUAUGGGUCAGUUAACAGAUGGUCAGGGCACAACAUCCUGUGUUGUGUUUCUUCUUAUUAUCUUUGCAGAGCUCAUUGGGGGAGAACCAAAAGGCCAGGAAGGUC